AUGCCUGGUAGUAGCUUCUCUACGGAUGCGUUCUGCAACGCAGCUGAAGCUCUCUUCAGAGACGCUUCCCAUCAAUCUAUUAUACCAAGACACCUCGUUAGGUCAUAUUUCGAAGCAGAGGGUGAUGUUUCCCAACUGGAGAUAUUGGAAGUCAUCAUAGAGUACUUCCAAGAUCCAGCACCUGGGAAAAGACGGGAAACAUUCAUCGUUUCACCGUUCAACGACAGCAUCAACUUCCUUGUGAGAUAUGGGGCCCAUUCUCACGAGCGGAGCUUGACGAUCCUCGGAACAUCCGACGAGAUAAGAAACGUGCCAGUAUGGCUGGUACAACUCAUUGAUGCCAUAUUCUGUAUCAUGCGCCUCCGGAUGCCCAGCUUUAGGCCCGAGGUGUUCAGCUGGUCCUUGGAUCAGCAGCGCCUUGGAUUCACCUUGCUUGCGCUGCUCGGACGAUUUGUCCACCUGGGAACCUCCCCAUCCGACAAUCGUUCUCUCUCGAUGUUUCCCGCCAUACAAGACAUUCGCAACGAAGGUUUCUGGGAUAUUGCGGGUAGGGUGUCCAGAAGCCAGCUUAGCGGUGGUGGCCUUGGCCUUGUGGACUGCUCUGAGACCAUGGAGGAGGAUCAAAUAGCUGACGAUGAGGGUGAAAGCUCCCAGGCUCAGCCUCGCUCCCGCGCCCGUUCUCGUUCGCGACCUGCUCUUCAUAUCGACAUGGAAUUGCGAACCAAGAGCAGCAGUCAUGAAGAUAAGGGCGACCUUUACAGCGAUAGCGAGCAGGAGUCUGACCAGAGUUCUGAAACCCAAUCCGAGACUGCCGAGUUCUCUUCACAAGAAGACAGCGUCCCAGAUGCCGGUGUGAAGGCACCUGUGAAGGCCAGAUCCACACCCCUCGUGCCCACGUUUACCGAAGCCGACCUGAUUUUCCCAUUGACUCAGCCUGACGAAUUGAAACUAGUGGCUCUCUUUGCCGCUACAAUCCAGGUAGCACAACUGCAAACGCUGGUGUACUACAGCCGUGAGGAGGCCAGUUAUUGCAUGGCAACCGCUGCGAUCGACUGGGCUUCGGUCUCUAUAGUGGCGGAAGGGCUCGCUCCCAAUGACCUCAAGGGGCUAUAUGCUCCUGAAGUCUGCCGCCAGUUGUAUGAGUCUGAUGAAAAUGCUGAGUUUAGGCGCAAGGCUCUGCUGGGACCAAACUGGGAGAAACUCAGAGGUGUGUCCGCUUUCGAAGGCGAGCAACCACAGGAAGGGGACCCGUUUGGCCUUAAUGAUGUGGAUUCAGGCCAAAUUGUCAAGGCCAAUGCGGAGUCUGUUUUGCGGCAAAGAUUCCCUGCGUUCGGCCUCGGCUGUCCAGAACUUGCGAAGAGUGCAAUCGUCUCGGAAAGGGACCUUGCAAAGACUUUACCCAUCCGAAACCACAAAAGACCUGCACGAUGUGUUGGUGCGAUUACUCUUAUCAGCAGCACAAAAGCCAAUGUCGGAAGAGAUGCACAGAAGAUGGGGGACGAUCUAGAUCGUGGAUGCGAUGGCAGCUGGAGGCGACCCGAGGAUCAGAGGUGUCAGACUGAGGAUGAAGCCGAUGAUAGCGAUAACGAGAACAGCGAGCAUGGAGGGGAGGAUACAGAGAAAGAUGAGGACAGCGAGAGUUGGGAUUGA